UUCACACACACACGCGGUAGAAUGUCCUCAUCAUUGUAACAUUUGAGGAGCAAACUGGCCAACAAUAACAACUCGACGCAAUGGGGCUGCGAGGUACAGGACUUGUGCUGCAGUGUUACCUGGUGCUGGCUGCGGCCAUGUACUUUGAUCUUGGAGAGCAGGAGGAAAAAUGCAUCAUAGAGGAGGUUCCUGAUGACAUGCUGGUGACGGGAUAUUUCCUACUGGAGCCCUGGGACUUGAAGACGUUCAGAGACACCCCGCAUCUUGGGGUCACUGUGACAGUGCGUGACCCAAAUCAUGAGGUGGUCAUGUCUAAGCGUUAUGGAAAAUUCAGUAAAUUCACCUUCACCACUCACAUGUCCGGACAGCACUACCUCUGCUUCCAAACCAACUCCACGAGGUUCUCUGUGUUCGCUGGAGAACGGCUGAAGCUGCACCUGGACGUCCAGAUGGGGCAGCACUCCAUUGACCGCAGUCCUGACCGAACCAAAGACAACUUGAAGGUACUGGAAGCCAGCCUAAGUCACCUGACCGACCAGAUGUUGUACAUCACGAGGCAGCAGGACUAUCAGAGGGAGCGGGAGGAGUCAUUCCGUCAGAUGAGUGAAGACACCAACAGUUCCGUGCUGUGGUGGGCCGUGGUUCAGACCUCCAUCCUGCUGUCUGUCGGCUUCUGGCAGAUGAAACGACUCCGAGACUUCUUCAUCUCCAAAAAGCUGGUCUGA